AUGCAACUGAGGUUUAGUUAUACAUGGAUGCCGAUUCUGAAAACGAUUUCAGAGAAUUUCCCGAAUUUCCCAGACGACACAUCCACACAAUCGAUACGUGUACCUUUUGCCACCGAGCUUUAUUGCCAGAUAACGUUGUCGAUGGCGAUCUCGACUUCAUUGGCGCAUGUUCUCCCAACAGUUCUCUCAACUGAUCAACCUGGCAAGGCAAAACCAAUUCAACUCCCACGAGCUCCAAUCCAUGGUGGGCCCCACCAGUUCCCUACAACGAUGUUGAUGAUGGCUGGAGCUCAAUCGAGAAUGAUAAUGAUAAUUCGUACAGUGGCACGGAUAUCGACCCGAUGA